AUACUCUUAGCAUUUGCAAAGUAAUAGUCGUUUUUAUAAUUCUGAACAAUGUUUAGGUUAAUACUUUUGUGCUGUUUAGUGGUUGCAAAUGCUGUGCAUUUACCGGAAAACUUUAAAUUAUGUUCGAAAAAAGACCCCGAUUUCGGAAACUGUGUAGGAACUAACAUGAUGGACGCCCUGUCAAAAUUAAAAGACGGUAACAAAAAUUUGGGUGUACCUUCCCUAGAACCUUUUUCCAUUGACCGAAUGGAAAUCCCCGGUAACGAAGCGGCUUCAGUAAAUCUAAACCAAAACUAUAAAAGCGUUAAAUUUUACGGCAUGAGCCAAGGAAUCGCCAAAAAUGUCAAGAUUGAUUUGGAAAAUUGUCACUGGAGUUUUAAUGCUAUUUCUCCAAAAAUCCAGAUGUUGUCUGAAUAUGAAAUGAAGGGGAAAUUAUUGGUUUUCCCUAUUAAUGGUUUUGGAAAAAGUAACACUACUAUGACUGAUCUUGACGUAAGGUACGAAAUUGACUGCUCAUAUAAUGAAAAAAAUGGCAAAAAAUACAUGAAAUUCGACAAAAUUAAGAUGAACAUGAAACCUGGAAAGGUAUACUUCAAUUUUGAAAAUCUAUUCCCAGGAAAUGCUCAGAUGAGUGCAACUUUGGAUAAAACAGUAAAUGAAAAUUCCGAAGUCGUCUUUAAUGAUGUAAAAAGUGCUUUUGAGGAGGUUUUUUCACAGAUUUGGAACAACUUGGCUAAUAGUGUAUUGUCCAAAGUACCUAUCGACGAAAUUUUCCUCAACUAAAUUUUUGUUUAAUUUUUUAUUAUAUUUUAACCCCCAAAAAUAUAGGUUUAAAAAUAAAAGACAUUCUUCAUAAAAAA